GUGACGAAACGUCUACGUUGCAAGCUAUCAGAUUUAUAUAGAUAGGUGAUAAUGGUUCGGUAAAAAGGCGUAAAUAACUUCCUAAUUUCUCAACGUUUGUGGAUAUUCUGAGGAUAUAAAGUCGCAAACAGCGUCCUAAAAGCGAGGAUAUUCCUCACACGUAACCAAUGAAGUAAUCUAAUGAGGACAGGGCUGGUAUCUGAUGAUUCUCAGCAGCCGGCAUCAUUGAUCUUAAUUUGAACACAGCACAAGGAAUCUGUGAUUUUGAGUCUCUAAACAAGGAAGAAAUCGGAUAAAAUGUCGAAAAAGAAAGAUUCUGACAUCUUGACCAGGUAUUCACCCGGGCAGAUUCGAGAACUGCGAGAGGCGUUCAAACUGUUCGACAAAGAUGGGGACGGGUCCAUCACCGCUGAAGAGUUAGGUACGGUGAUGAGGAACCUGGGCCAAUUUCCCUCCUCGGACGAGCUCAAUAUGAUGCUGAAGGAGAUUGACAUUGACGGUGAUGGCACGUUUAGCUUUGAAGAGUUUGUUCAAGUGAUGGCUAACAUGGGUGGGCUCAGUGAACAGUCGGAGGAGGAUGAAGAAAAGGAGCUCAAACAAGCGUUCACCGUGUUCGACAAGAGUGGGUGCGGCUACAUCUGCGCCUCCGACAUUCGGGCAAUCCUGCAGUGUCUGGGGGAGGAUUUGACCGAGGAGGAAAUUGACGAGAUGAUAGCGGAGGUGGACAUAGAUGGUGACGGUCGGAUUGACUAUGACGAGUUUAUCGCGUGCGUGUGCUCGGAAAACAAUGAGAAGGAAGACGACAAACCGGAAACGCCCCGUGCAGAGACGAAAGCCAAACCCGCAGAAUUGGGCGGUGCCUCCGUUGGAGACCGGAAAGAAGGCGUCGCAAGAAACGCUGAUCCCAGCAAGUCGAAGGCACAAGAUGGACCAGAGUAGAAAUGAGUUUUUAGAAUCAGUAUUAUCAGAAAAUGAAUGACAAAUUCUAAGUUUGUGUUGUUUUAAGUUUUGUAUUCUCUUCUUUUUGUUUUAAUAAUAUACUGUACACGUUCUAAAAUGAAUAACAAUUCAGUAAUAAAUGUUGUACUGAAAA